AUAGCAACAAUGAUUAUAUUAACACCUUUACUGAUCUGUAUUUUCCUUUCGAGAGUGAAAAGUGAAAAUUUUGUAAAUGCUCAAUUGAAACGUGUCAGAUAUAGUGUCAGUACCUCCGCCAAAACUAAUGUAACUGUCAACUCUGUUUAUUACGAUGAAAAGAUGACUAACUUCAGAGAGAAAAAUAAAAAUAAUAGCUUUACUGUGUGGUACAAAGGCAAUGCUUGUCCACUUUGCAAGAGGCUCCAUUGGCUUAAAAAUAAUAGAACUAAAUAUGUGGACGAGGUUAGUGUAACGAGAAAUUUACUUGAAAAUAGAGUUGUACUACCAAGUGGCAGCAAAUGUGCUUACUCUGCUGAAGUGUGUUUCGACAAAAACGAUGAUCUUUUAUAUCUUUGGUCCUACGAGAAACCUAACAUCGGUAAUUCAUUGCAAGUUCUUUAUAGAGGUGAAGUAGAACAAUGGACGAUUAGUCAGAAUCCUUUGAUAAGCUUCAUUUCCUUUAACGAUACAAAACGACAAUUUGCACUGCAGUUAGUAAAGAAGUUCACUAUUGAAACAACUGUUGUAUGGACAACAGAAUUCAAAGAUAUUUUCAUACAUAAAGCCACAGAAGAUUUACAAGAUACCAUUGACGAGCAAGCUUUAUCAUCAUUACAACCCCAGUCCCUACUCAGAAAUAAUUCUUGUAAUGUACAAAUGACAGAAACAUUCGUCAAUAGAACGUAUCUUAUAGACUUGAUCAUUUUUAUAGUGGUACUAAAUUUCUUGUUCUCAAUAAUAACAAACUUGUUUAUUUUGGUACGUAUAGGCCCAUUAAAUGGAAGAGAUUAUUUAAGGUGUUUCUCUAAUGAUCUAACUUACCAAAAGUUGAUAUUAUUCCAAAGCGACCAAUCUAGAAGCGGUACUAACCAAGAGGAAGGGCCAACUGAGGCAAAUUAUGUAGUUUCAGAAAACGAAUUUUACAAUAAUUGUAAGACAGAAUAACAGAAAAUAUUACAGUACCGUAAGUAGUCCAUUAUCGACUAAAUAAAUA